GCAGUGUAACCGAAUGGGGUUCACAUCUUCCGUCGCACGGAAUUGUCACUGGUGGCCAUACUGGUCGAGACAGCAAGAACACCGGUGCAAUGUUAACAGCACGAGUAGCAUCAUCUCUUGUGAGACAGCUUCCAAGGGCAGUACCGAAGGUCUGCCGCAAUGCCCUUGGAGCUAGUGCAGUGGCCAGUCGUAACAUCUCAACGGCAAGCCAACUUUAUGCAGCCAAAUCUGGCGGUGCUGAAGUUUCAUCCAUCUUGGAGGAGAGAAUCCUCGGUCAGUCAACAACAGCCAACUUGGAAGAGACUGGUCGUGUGUUGAGCAUUGGUGAUGGUAUUGCUCGUGUAUAUGGCCUUAAAAACAUUCAGGCUGAGGAGAUGGUGGAGUUCUCUAGUGGGCUGAAGGGCAUGGCCUUGAACUUGGAGCCUGACAAUGUUGGUGUGGUCGUGUUUGGUAACGACAGAUUGAUCAAGGAGGGUGAUGUAGUAAAGAGGACAGGAGCCAUCGUGGAUGUGCCUGUGGGACUUGAGCUGCUUGGACGAGUUGUGGACGCUCUCGGAAACCCCAUCGAUGGCAAGGGCCCCCUUAACUGCAAGACCAGGGCUCGUGUGGGAACCAAGGCCCCAGGUAUCAUCCCUAGAAUCUCCGUAAAGGAGCCCAUGCAGACCGGCAUUAAAGCCGUGGACAGCCUGGUACCCAUCGGUCGUGGUCAGAGAGAGUUGAUCUACGGGGACAGACAGACUGGCAAAACUGCCAUUGCCAUUGACACAAUCAUCAACCAGAAACGUUUCAAUGAAGGCAAGGAUGAAAAGAAGAAGCUGUACUGUAUCUACGUGGCCAUUGGUCAGAAAAGAUCCACUGUUGCACAGAUCGUCAAGAGGCUGGCAGAUGCUGAUGCCAUGAAGUACACCAUCGUUGUGAGUGCCACGGCCUCGGAUGCUGCCCCCCUGCAGUACCUGGCGCCCUACUCUGGUUGCACUAUGGGCGAGUUCUUUAGAGAUAACGGCAGACAUGCACUCAUCAUCUAUGAUGAUCUUUCCAAACAGGCCGUAGCUUAUCGUCAGAUGUCCCUGCUGCUGCGUCGACCCCCCGGCCGAGAGGCGUACCCUGGUGACGUGUUCUACCUGCACUCUCGUCUGCUGGAGCGUGCGGCCAAGAUGAAUGACGCUCACGGAGGGGGCUCUCUCACCGCUCUACCUGUCAUCGAGACACAGGCCGGUGAUGUGUCUGCAUACAUCCCAACCAACGUCAUCUCCAUCACUGAUGGUCAGAUAUUCUUGGAGACAGAGUUGUUCUACAAGGGUAUCAGACCUGCCAUCAACGUGGGUCUCUCUGUCAGCAGAGUAGGGUCUGCCGCCCAGACCAAGGCAAUGAAACAGGUGACAGGCUCCAUGAAGCUGGAGUUGGCCCAGUACCGAGAGGUGGCUGCCUUUGCCCAGUUCGGCUCUGACCUGGACCAGUCUACACAGAACCUCCUCAACCGUGGAGUGAGGCUCACUGAGCUCCUCAAGCAGGGACAGUAUGCUCCGAUGGCGCUGGAGGAGCAGGUGGCGUGUAUCUACGCCGGGGUCAAAGGUCACCUGGACAAAGUUGACCCCUCAAAGAUCACAGAGGCCGAGGAGGAGCUAAUGGAGCACAUCCGCCUCACAGAGAAGGACUUGCUGACGGACAUCAGGGAGAAGGGCAUGAUCACCCCAGACACUGACGCCAAGCUGAAGGCGACCAUUUCUGGCUUUAUGGCUGCGUGGAAGCCCAAGCCUUGAGUGCCGACACCAGUUAGGGAACAAACGCUUGUAGAGAUUUAUAAUAAUUUGUGUAUUUGAGACUUUAACAAAUGUGCUGCAGCUGUUUUUGAAGGAAGUAUUUUCUGAUGUGUGCUAGGAUAAAAUGCUCGCAGUUUGCUGGAUGAUGUGAUGUUAACACGUGCUCUGAACUUCAACAUUUGUUGAGUAAAACAAUAAAAUUUAAACAAAAGUUGUAUUUAUUUUUGGGGGAUAUUCACUUGACAGCACUCAGUCUUAGCACUUGUGGUGUUGUUGAUUUGUUUGAUGAUGUUUAUACAAGAAAAUUAAAAAGAUUUCCACAUG